AUGCCGAACAACCACAACCACCAACAGCUCCACAGGAGGGCCCCCGAGCCAAACGCGCACAUCGCAGAUCUAAACCAGGUCAAGACCCUGCAGAAGAAGGCAUCCACCGUGUUUUUGACUGUCUACACCACCCAGUCAGCUACGUUUACCGGGGAGAUCGGAGGAUAUACGACUUACAUUUCUGGCGAUGACGACGAUCAGAUCACAACAUCGAAAAAGGCAACACCAACAACGGAAGCAGAGCAAGUCGACCCCACCACAACGACUGCGGCAGCUGCCACGACAUCCGAUGCCGCCGGCACUACGCUUCCGAAGUCCGUUGUUGUCAGCUCAACUGCCGACAUUGACUCUGACACUACUCUUGCCAUCGCUACCAAGCAUUCGACGACAUCCUCAGAUGCCGCUACCGCAACCGAUGCCACUGCCAGCACGGCCGUCGCUGCAGCCGCAACUUCUUCUUCUGCAGCUUCGUCCAGCUCGGACAGCAGCGGCAGCGGCAGCAGCAGCAGUGGUGACAACGCUGGAGCCAAAGCCGGAAUCGCAUUUGGUGUUCUUGGCGGACUUUUAGUAUUUGGUCUACUAGCAUGGUUCCUGUUCAACAAGCGAAGAAAGCAGAUGCAGCAGCAACAAGCGGACAAUGAGAAGAUCGGAGGAGCCAUGGGAGGAGUCGUGGUUGCUAAUGCUGAUCGAAGAAGCUCUGUGCAGACCACACGAACGACUGCCACAGCUCCACGACUCAGUCUGCGGCCCGUCACCCAGUUCAUGCCAAACUUCGGGGAGAGACGCUCGAGCAAGGGUGCUGCUAUGGCUUUGGCUAUGGCUUCAGGGCCUUCCGCUGGCAACGCAAACAACAACCCUCAGGCCCGCCGUCCGGCUGGAGCUAGCCCUACGGAAAGACCUUCUACCAGCCAGAGCGCUCACCACGAAAACCCCUUCGGCAACCAUGCUGAGAAACUCGACCCGGUUUCGGAACAUUCUAUGCCUGCUCCUGACCUGCAGCCCAGCAACCCCUUCGAUGCCCCUGAGAACGUUGUCGGCAUGGCCCAGACGACCGACUCUCCGCCCGAGCCUUCCCCAAUUGCUACCGCUUUUGUUGCUGGGGCCGUAGCUGCAGGAACAGGUGCUGCUGCUGGUGCUGCCCUUACCCGAAAGCAAUCUACCAGGAAGGACGGGCCUCACAAGCUCGACCUGACCAAGGCCGGUGAAGCUGUUCAUGCUCUCGGACCAGUUCCAGUUCCUGCCAGCCCUGCUGGCACCGAAUUCAGCAUGACCGAAGUGGAACCCGGUCAGUCUCCUGGGCCUUCGAGCAGUGCUGCUGCGAUCGCCGCGGCAGGUGGUCCCGCCCAAUCUACCGUUCACCGCGUGCAACUAGACUUUAAGCCCACUUUGGAUGACGAAAUUGGGUUGAAGGCUGGGCAGCUCGUCCGACUCCUGCACGAGUACGAUGACGGUUGGGCUCUUUGCAUCCAUCUCGACCGCUCGAAGCAGGGUGUAUGCCCUCGAACAUGUCUAUCUACUCGUCCUGUCAAGCCCCGUCCAGCUGGCCCCGGCGCACGUGGACCGCCAGUUAACCCCAGUGGACCACCGCCUCGUGGACCGCCCAACGGACCCAUGAAUGGGCCACCCCGAGGCCCUCCUCGUGGGCCUCCUCGCGGACCUGGUCCCAACUUCCAGCCUGGCCAACAGCGCCCGAUGAAUCCACAAGGUGGGCCCUUCCCUCGUCCUGAGUCGCCCGCAAUGCGCCCUAUGAACGGAAAUGGACGUCCUCAAUCCCCUGCCAUGAUGAGACCCCAGUCACCAGCUGGUAUGCAACGACCACCGCCAUCCGGCCCCAGAGGUCCCCCCAACGGUAGACCUCAAUCUCCCGGUCCCAGGGGUCCUCCGAACGGCAGACCACAAUCUCCUGGACCCCGAGCGAUGAGCCCAGGCCCGCGAUCACAGUCCCCAGGUCCACGGCAGCGAGCUUUCAGUAACGCCAAUGGUCCUCGACAAGGUCCUCACGGCCCUAGCCCGAUGAGUGCUGCUGCUGGUACACCUCCACCCCAAGAGCGAGGACCCGUGAGCGGUCAGCAAGGCCCAAUUGGCAGAAAGCCAGUCCCAGGACAAGCCUAUUAA